AUCGAAAAAGUAGCGUCUCGCGAUAAAACUUUCGGAGCGUCUUUCGGCAUGAAGCUGACGUCGGAUCGGGCCGAAAUUAGCACCAAUCGACUCCAAAUUGCAUUGCCCAUCCGAUGGUGCAUUAAUAUUAGCGUCUUUAAAUAACUGCAACUCAUCUGUUGGAAAUUCUGCCUGAUUUGCUUCGAGACAUUUUGAGAAUUAUGGAAAUUGAUGUGGACAAUUAAAUGGCGUCUGCCGCGAGCAACAAAAUUUUGAUCAUAAAACUUCCCAGAUCAAAAGACACCAUCCGCAGCUCAGUGUGAACAUGCGCAGCGGGCGGGCAAAUGACGCACACAAUACAUCAUUCUGUGAGGGUCCCAGCUGGUCCCAUCCAAAUUGUUCCCGGCCAGUGGCGCCGUUAUCCUGUUCGCAAAGGGUCUCUGCAUGAUGUUUAAUCGAUUGAUGUGCCGAAGAGAAGUGAACUGCCUCUUUGGAGCGAGUGAAAAAGUGUCUGGUCACGAAUGCUGGUGGGGGUGCGAAUUCUGGCACACGUGCGACGGGUCGUUUGAAUUGAGGGGCCCGACCAAGGGGGCAGAGGUCGCUAACAGACCCUCAAGCAACUCCAUGGCAACUGCCCGCCGCUCACACUCUCGCCUUACCAAAUGUUUCAAUUGCACUCUCAUUCUUGAGAUCGAUUCAACGCUGACUUCGGCCGCUCGCAAAAUCCACCCAAAAGUGAAGGGAGCCAGGGGAUGGAGGGGUCGGAAAAGAAGGUUUUGGAGGACGCGCGGCUGGAGGUGGUGGGGAGGUUCGCGGUGCGCUCGCUGCGCCUCAAGGCGGAGAAGUGGGCCAAGCUGACGGGCAACGAGGACAACUUCCGGCUCAUGACCGCCGGCUUCCUCGACGACCCUGAGCAAAGGGUGAUGGUGGUGUGCCUGAACCAGCUGAUGCAGCUGGUCGUGCACCUCGGCUUCCCCGUCCACCUCAAGAGCAAGGCCGUCUUCUUCGUGCGCCGCCUCCGCCAGAGGGCCACCCUGCAAAACCUCGCGCACACCCUUGCAGCCGGUGACCUUGCCACCCGACCCGCCCACCAACUUGACGUCCUCGUUGACACGGUGUUGGUGAGUUUGCUGGCGUCGCCGUGGAACCAGCAGGGGUGGCCCGGGGGCGUGGCCGCGGAUGUGACCGCGAGCGCGUACGCGUUGCGCGACUGCGUACAGCAGACGCUGAGCGAGGCGCGCGGCGAGACGCUGCUGCCGAUGCCGCACGUCCUCGACGCCCCUGACCUCCAAGCGAAGGGGGCGGGCGACAACGUGAAGGGAGCCGUGGAGGCGACGGUGGCCAAGUGGGUGGUGCAGGUGGGGGCGGUGCUGCAGCAGGAGUCGUCGACGCCCAAGGGAGCGGCGCCGCACCCUGGACCUGCGGCCGAAAUCGCGUUUUGGCGCGCGCGGCAGCACAACCUGGAGGUGAUCGUGGCGCAGCUGCAGGACGAACGGGUGCACCGCAUGGCCCUGUUCCUGGCCGCGGCCCACAGCCCCUACCACGCCGCCUUCACCGCCACCUUCAAGAACCUCAUCACAGGUCUGAGCGAGGCGACGGCAAUAGCAACGAACCUGGGCGCCCUUGAGAGGUUCGUGGAGGCGUUUUGCAACGCGGAGCUGCCGGAGGCGGCGGCGGGGCCCCUCAAGUGCCUCGUCCGCCUCCUCUGCCUCGUGUGGGCGCACUGCCCCCACGUCCGCAAACUACCGCGCCUCCUCACCCUCCUCCGGCAACUCGCCAACCUGCUCGUCCAACAGGCAAAAGCGUACAUUGACGCGAACGCCCUGUUCCAAGACGAGGUGGAGGAUGUUUACAUCCGCAUCAAUAACGUCCUUGCCAUUCUCGAUGAUUACAAAAAGCUGAUCGAGGCGCACAAACCCGAGCUGCAGAAGCACUUCCAACCUGAGUGGGAGUUGUCGCCGUCGAUGGUCUUCGCAAGGGUCGACGCCUUCAAGAAGCGGCUGCUGCUGCUCAAGGAGGUUUUCUGGACGGCGAUCGAGUUCCGGCGGCUGGAGCGGGUGGAGCUGGAGGGCAGCAACGGCCGCCAGCUGACCCUGAAGGUGGCGCACGUGCUGCGCAGCUUUGAGGGGCUGCUGCGGGGGCUGAGACACGCCCCCCUGGACCCCCUCGAGCCCGACGAGCCGGCGUUCGACGCUCACGUGCUCGUCUUCCGCAAAAGGGUUGAUGACCUCGAGCGCCGCCUCGCCGUCCUCUUCUGCCACGCCCUCGACGAGUGCCACGACGCCCACGCCAUCUACAAGUUCAUCGAUGUAGGCGCCUCGCUGCUGGAGCGACCCCUUGUCACGGCAGAGGUCGCGCUCAAGCUCGAGCGACUUCUCGACUCGCUCGACGCAGAACUCGCCGCUGUCGAGGGUCUGGUGGCGGCGCACAAGGGCCAGCUCGUGACGCGAGGGCUGGACAAGAACGUGCCGCCGGUGGCAGGCACCCUCAUGUGGAGCCGCAAACUCCGGCUGCGCGUGCAAGACCAACUUCAGACCUUCUUCGACCUCGACAUUCCUCUGAGCAAGUGCGAGAAGGCGAGGGCGCUAAGGGCGAGACACGGCGCGUUUCUGGAGCAACUGGCCGAGUGGGAGGAGCGGCUUUUGGGCGAGUGGGCGGCCGAGGCGACGGCGCUGUCCCACGACAACCUGCUGCAGCCGCUGCUCCUCCGCAGACCCAACAAGGAACUCGCCCUCAACUUCCACCCGCAGCUGGUGAGCGUGUUGCGGGAGGUUCACUACCUCAUCAAACUGGGCGUCGGCGAAAAAGUUCCGGCGACAGCGAUGGGCGUUUACGCGCGCAACGAGACGCUGCGCCAAUUCUCGGCCAACCUCAACCUGGCCACAAACUGGUACAACCGGGUGCGCAAGUUGAGUCAGCCAGUCGAGUUGCGGCUGCUGGAGCGCGAGGUGCGGCGUCUUGACGCGGACGUCGACCGUGCCCAGCUCGAGCUCAACUGGGACAGCGCAGGCGUGUGGGAGUUUGUGGUGCGGCUGCGCGACGCGGCGCAAGACCUCGAGGCACGCUUGCGCAGGACUCAGAAGAACGUUUGCAGCAUCAGGACGGCAGCGUCGGCCUGGGCCAGGGAACCCCUCCACUCCAGGGGCAGGAGUAAAAACCCCCUCCCGCUGCCCCAGCCCUGCGACCACGCUCUCCUCGCCUCCCACAAAAGGUUUAAGGAAGUGGUUGACGCUGGCAAAGAGAUAAAUCGGCUGAUGGCCGAGAACAAAAGUUUGUUCCAUAGAAGUGAAGAAGGUGAAAGCGACGACGAGUGGCUUGCGCUGUGGGGCGACUACGAAGACUUCAUCGACGAGAUAGUCAGCAAAUGUUUGCAGCAGGCCGUUGGCUGCAGUCUGAACUACCUGCUGGAGGAAAUGAGUCCUCGCAAAGGUCAAACGCCUCUGUUUGAGGUCAAGUUGGAGCUGGUGGGGCAGCAGAUGGUUUUCCGGCCGGAGCUCGAGUCUGAGUUUCCUGCCCUCAUCGACACCCUGCUCGAGGAGAUCGCGUUCAUCGCCAAACUGGUGCCCAGGGUCAGCGCUAGGCGGCAGCACCCUCACUACGCCGUGGACGUGGACGAGAAUUGCGACAUCAAAGAAAUGAACGCAGAAAUCUGCUCCAGGGUCGCGGCCGCCGUUACACAGGCGGUCAACUACACCUCAGGGUUCGAGAACUACUCGUACCUGUGGCUUGAGGACAAAUCGGCCUUCCUGCUCGACUUUUUGGCCUCCGGCUUGCGUAUGGCGGCCGAUGAGGAGCAGCUCGACGACCAGCAACCGCCGCAACCCCCCACCAUCGCCCAGUUCAAGGAGCAGAUCGACGCUUUUGCAAGUGUGCAGGAGGAGGUGGGGGGAAUGGCGGAAGAGACGGAGGCGCAAGGGUGGCUGCGCGUGGACCUGCGGCCGUUCAAGCAGAGCGUGGUGAACGAGAGCGGGCAGUGGGGCGCCCUGCUGAUGCACCACCUCGAACACCACGUGCGCAACACCCUCUCCUCGCUGGCCGCCUUUGUCGUCGAGGCCGAGGCGGGCCUGCAGGCGGCCGUCAAAGACGACGACUACCUCUCCCUCGUCAGUGUUAUGAGCUACCUCAGACAGAUAAAGUCCCGGUUGGAGGAGACGGACGGGCAGUUCGCGCCGCUGAGGGAGACGCUGCAGCUGCUGGCGCAGUACGAGCACGAAAUGCCCGAGGAGAUCCACGUCCUCCUGGAAGAGCUGCCGCAGCAGUGGCGCUCGCUGAAGCACUCGGCCGAGGUGGUGCGUCAACAGGUGGCCCCCCUGCGCAGCAUCCAGCAGGGCCUCAUCCGACGACGCAUGCACGACUUUGAGGCUCGCCAGGCCAAGCACUACGACACCUUCAAAAGGUCGCACUUCUUCAGGUAUGAAUGUCAAAACCCUUACGAGUUGUUGGACGGCGAGGACGCGCUGCUGUCCGAGCUUGAAGCGGAGCUUUUCCAGAUAAAGGACACGGCCUCUCUGUUUGAGGUGCCCCUCAACGAACUCAAGCCCAUUGCCAGCUGCCGUCGCGAAAUGAAGCUAGUCAAGCACCUAUGGGACUUCAUCGGGGUAGUGCGUUCAAGCAUAAAACACUGGAAAACGACGCCGUGGAAGAAAAUUGACGUAGAGAACAUGGACAUUGAUUGCAAGAAGUUUGCCAAAGAAAUCAAAAUGAUGGACAAGGAGGUGCGGCAGUGCGACGCGUACCUGGAGGUGGAGGCGACUGUGCGCAACAUGAUCACGAGUCUGCGCGCCGUUGCCGAGCUGCAGAACCCGGCGAUCCGCGAACGCCACUGGCACCAGCUGAUGGCCGCCACCAAGGUGCACUUCAUGAUGGACGAGCGGACGACGCUGAAUGAGUUGCUGGGGCUGCAGCUGCACCAGUUCGAGGACGAGGUGCGCGGAAUCGUGGAACAGGCGAUCAAGGAACGCGGAAUGGAGGGCGUGUUGCGCGACCUCGACGAAACGUGGCGCCACAUGCGCUUCGAACGCGACCCUCUGAGCGGCUGCAACGCCCUCAGGGCCUCCGAGGAGCUGAUCGAGACCCUCGAGGAGAACCAGGUGCAGCUGCAGAACCUGAUGUCGUCCAAGUACAUCGCGUUCUUCCUGCGCGAGGUGUCCGCGUGGCAGCAGCGCCUGUCCAACGCCGACCAGGUCAUCAGCGUGUGGUUCGACGUGCAGCGCACGUGGCUUCACCUCAACUCGAUCUUCACCACCUCCGACGACAUCCGCCAACAGCUGCCCCAGGACUCGGACAGGUUCUACGCCAUCGACACAACCUUCAGGCGGAUGCUGAGCGAAAUGCCGGCGCUGGUGAUCGAGGCGACGAACCAGCCAGGGUUGUACGAGCAGCUGGAGGGGCUGCAGGGCGAACUGACGUUGUGCGAGAAGGCGCUGGCCGAGUACCUGGAGACGAAGCGACUCGCCUUCCCGCGCUUCUACUUCGUCUCGUCGCUCGACCUGCUCGACAUCCUGUCCAACGGAAACCACCCCCUGCGCGUCACCAGGCACCUGACCAAGCUUUUCGACUCGAUGGCCUACCUCACCUUCAGGGAGGUGCACAACCUGACCGACGUCAAGGACGUCGCCACCGCCAUGAUUGCCAAGGACGGCGAACUCGUCAACUUCCACCAAGACUUCCACUGCCGAGGACCCGUGGAGGUGUGGUUGAGCCGGCUGGAGAAACACAUGCGCGGGACGAUGCGUGAGUACUUGGAGCGGGCCGUGCUCGCGUACGAGGAGAAGCCGCGCGAGCAGUGGCUUUUCGACUUCCCCGCGCAGGUCUCGCUGUGCGGCUCGCAGGUUUGGUGGACGGCCGAGGUCGCCGCCGCCUUCGCGCGGCUCGAGGAGGGCUACGAAAACGCGCUCAAGGACUACCAGCGCAAACAGGUGUCGCAGCUGAACACGCUGAUCUCGCUGCUGCUAGGCGAGCUGAGCAAACAGCAGCGCCAGAAAAUCAUGACGCUGUGCACCAUUGACGUGCACGCGCGGGACGUCGUCUCUAAAUUGGUUCAGCUCAGGGUCGAAUCCGCCUCCGCCUUCCCCUGGCAGUCCCAGCUCAGACACAGGUGGGACGGCGGGUCGAAGGAGUGUUUCAUCAACAUUUGCGACGCGCAGUUUGGGUACGCGUACGAGUACUUGGGCAACACGCCGCGGCUGGUGAUCACGCCGCUCACCGACCGCUGCUACAUCACCCUGACGCAGUCGCUGCACCUGGUGAUGGGCGGCGCCCCCGCCGGGCCCGCGGGCACCGGUAAGACCGAGACCACCAAGGACCUCGGACGCGCCCUCGGCAUCAUGGUCUACGUCUUCAACUGCUCCGAGCAGAUGGACUAUCAGUCGUGCGGCAACAUUUACAAGGGGUUGGCGCAGACGGGGGCGUGGGGGUGUUUCGACGAGUUCAACCGCAUCUCGGUGGAGGUGCUGUCGGUGGUGGCGGUGCAGGUCAAGAGUCUGCUGGACGCGAUCAGGGAGCAGCGGCCGACCUUCAACUUCCAGGGCGGCGAAAUCUCGCUGGUGCCCUCCGUCGGCAUCUUUGUCACCAUGAACCCUGGCUACGCAGGUCGCACCGAGCUGCCCGAGAACCUUAAGGCCCUUUUCAGGCCGUGCGCGAUGGUGGUGCCGGACUUUGAGCUGAUCUGCGAGAUCAUGCUGGUGGCCGAGGGUUUCCAGGAGGCGCGCGUGUUGGCUCGCAAGUUCAUCACCCUGUACUCGCUGUGCCGCGAACUGCUGUCCAAGCAGGACCACUACGACUGGGGCCUCAGGGCCAUUAAGUCUGUCCUCGUCGUCGCGGGCUCUCUCAAGCGGGGUGACCGCGAGCGUCCCGAGGAGCAGGUGCUGAUGCGCGCGCUGCGGGACUUCAACAUCCCGAAGAUCGUGGCGGACGACACGCCCGUGUUCAUGGGCCUCAUCGGGGACCUUUUCCCGGCCCUCGACGUGCCCCGAAAGCGCGACCUUGACUUUGAGCGCGGGGUCAAGCAGGCGGCCGCCGACCUCCACCUCCAGCCCGAGGACAACUUCAUCCUCAAGGUGGUGCAACUAGAGGAGCUGCUGCAGGUGCGCCACUCGGUCUUCAUCGUCGGCGCCGCCGGAUCUGGAAAAACGCAGGUUUGGAAGACCCUGUCGAAGACGCACGCCAACAUGAAGCGGCGCCCGGUGGUGAGCGACCUGAACCCCAAGGCCGUCACCAACGACGAACUCUUCGGGGUCAUCAACCCCACCACCAGGGAGUGGAAGGAUGGUUUGUUUUCGUCUAUCAUGCGCGACCAGGCGAACAUGCCGGGAGAAAAUCCCAAGUGGAUCGUCAUGGACGGCGACAUUGACCCCAUGUGGAUUGAGAGCCUCAACACCGUCAUGGACGACAACAAGAUUUUGACUUUGGCGAGUAAUGAGCGGAUCGCCGUAACGCCGACCAUGCGGUUGUUGUUCGAGAUUUCGAAUCUGCGAAACGCGACCCCCGCCACAGUGUCGCGCGCCGGAAUCCUCUACCUCAACCCGCAGGACCUUGGAUGGAGCUCGUUCGUGUCGAGCUGGCUGGAGGGUCGGGGCGCGUCGGAAAAGACGCAGCUGCAGAUUUUGUUUGACAAGUAUUUGCCCAACUGCGUGGAAAUGAGCAACAGCGGCCGCUUCAAGCCGGUGACGGCGGUGACGACGGGCUCGCAGGUGGCGACGCUGUGCCGGCUGCUCGAGUGCCUGCUGACCCCGACCUCGACGCCGAGCGAGUGUCCGGCCGAGUGGCUCGACACGUACUUCGUGUUCGCGUGCGUGUGGGCGUUCGGGGGCGCGCUGGCCCACGAGCAGGCCGUCGAGUUCAGCAAGUGGUGGCAGUGCGAGUUCAAGACGACGCGGCUGCCGGCCGACGCCGCCACCGUCUUCUGCGUCUUCGUGCACCCCGACACGCGCACCUUCGCCCCCUGGACGGACCGCGUGCCCAAGUUCGAGCUCGACCCUGAGCUGCCCCUCCUCUCCACCCUGGUGGCCACGCCCGAAACCACGCGCCUCGCCUACUUCCUCGACCUGCUGCUCGCGCGCCGCCACCCCGUCGCCCUCGUCGGCGCCGCCGGCGUCGGCAAGUCCGUCCUCGUCAACGACCGCCUCGCCGCCCUCCCCGACCACUACCUCGUCGCCAACGUCCCCUUCAACUAUUACACCACCUCAGAAAUGUUGCAAAAGAUCCUUGAAAAACCGCUGGAGAAAAAGGCGGGAAGGAACUACGGACCGCCCGGCAGCAAGAAGCUCGUCUACUUCAUCGACGACUUCAACAUGCCAGAGGUGGACGCAUACGGGACUGUGCAGCCGCACACGCUGGUGCGGCAGCACCUGGACUACGGCCACUGGUACGACCGGACGCGGCUGAGCGUGAGAGAAAUCCACAACGUGCAGUACGUGGCGUGCAUGAACCCGACCGCGGGCAGCUUCACCAUCAACCCGCGACUGCAGCGCCACUUCUCGGUGCUGGCCGUCAGCAUGCCGUCGGACGACGCCCUGGCCGCCGUGUACGCGGCCAUCCUCCAGCAACACGUGGCCGUGCAGCAACAACUGCCCCCGCCCGUGCUCAGGGUGGUGCCCCAGGUGGUGGCCGCCGCCCUCAACCUCCACGCCAGGGCCUCGCAGCUCUUCCUCCCCACCGCCAACAAGUUCCACUACACCUUCAACCUCAGGGACAUCUCAAACGUCUUCCAGGGUCUGCUGUUUAGCACGGGGGACAGCGUGCAGUCGGGCGAGGACCUGGCGCGGCUGUGGGUGCACGAGACGCACAGGGUCUACGGGGACAAGAUGGCCGACGACCGCGACUGCGACACCUUCUCCAAACUGCUCACCGACAUCUGCAAAAAGUGCUUUGAGGACAUGGAGGAGGGCGCGUUGACGGCGCGGCCCAACAUCUACUGCCAUUUCGCAGGGGGGCUGGGCGAGUCGCGCUACCUGCCGGUGCCGCACUGGGACCACCUGGCCAAGCUGCUCUCCGAGGCCCUGGCCAACUACAACGAACUCGUCUCCGCCAUGCAACUCGUCCUCUUUGAAGACGCCAUGAUGCACGUUUGCAGGAUAAACCGUAUUUUGGAGUCGCCGCGGGGAAACGCUUUGCUGGUGGGCGUUGGGGGCAGCGGGAAGCAGUCGUUGGCGCGCCUCGCCGCCUUCAUUUCCGGCCUCGAGGUUUUCCAGGUGCAACUGCGCCAGGGCUACGCCAUCGCUGACCUCAAGGUGGACUUGGCGUCGCUGUACUUAAAGGCCGGGCUUAAAAACGUCGGCACCGCGUUCAUCAUGACUGACGCGCAGGUGGCGGACGAGCGUUUCCUGGUGCUGAUCAAUGACCUGCUGGCGUCGGGCGAGGUGCCUGAGUUGUUCACCGACGACGAGGUCGACAACAUUGUGACCUCGCUGCGCAACGAGGUCAAGGGCCUCGGCCUCUCGGACACGCGCGACAACUGCUGGCGAUUCUUCAUUGAACGCGUCCGCCGACAGCUCAAGGUGGUUUUGUGCUUCUCGCCGGUGGGUUCGACGCUGCGGGUGCGGUCGCGCAAGUUUCCUGCGCUCACCGGUUGUUCGUCGAUCGUGUGGUUCCACGAGUGGCCGAAAGAAGCGCUCAUCUCCGUCUCCAAGCGCUUCCUCAACGACCUCGAGGUCCUCAAGCCGGAGGUGCGCGAGUCGGCGGCCGAGUUCCUGGCGCAGGUGCACACGUCAGUGACGGCGGCGUCGCACUCGUACGCGUCGGCGACGCGGCGCUUCUACUACACGACGCCCAAGUCGUACCUCGAGCAGAUUUGGCUCUACUCGAAGAUCCUGCGCGAAAAGGAUGCCGAGCUUCGCGCGCACAUCGCCCGCCUUGAGAACGGACUCGAGAAGCUGCGCUCGACGGCCGCGCAGGUCGACGGCCUCAAACGCACCCUGGCCCUGCAGGAGGUCGAGGUGCAGAACAAGAACGACGCCGCCGACAAACUCAUCCACAGGGUCGCCGUCGAGACCGAAAAGGUCUCCAAGGAAAAAAUUCUCGCCAACAAGGAGGAGGCGAAGGUGGCGGUGAUCGCGAAGGAGGUGGCCAAGAAGCAGCAGGACUGCGAGGCCGACCUGGUCAAGGCCGAGCCGGCGCUGGUGGCCGCCAUGGAGGCCCUGAACACCCUGAACAAGGCCAACCUGACCGAGCUCAAGUCGUUCGGGUCGCCCCCCGAGGCCGUCACCAACGUCACCGCCGCCGUCAUGGUCCUCCUCUCGCCAGACGCAAAAAUCCCCAAGGACCGCAGCUGGAAGGCGGCAAAGAUGAUGAUGGGGAAGGUGGACGCGUUCCUGGACGCGUUGGUCAACUACAAGAAGGAGGAGAUUUGCGCGGAGGUGAUCAAGGCGAUCCAGCCGUACCUCAAGGACAAGGAGUUCAAGCCGGAGCUGAUACGCAGCAAGUCGGCGGCGGCCGCCGGCCUCUGCGCAUGGGUCAUCAACAUCAUCAAGUUCUUUGAGGUGUUUUGCGAGGUUGAGCCCAAAAGGGUCGCCCUGGCCGACGCCAACGCCGAACUCGCCGCCGCCCAACACAAACUCACCCUCAUCAAGCAACAGAUCCAGAGCCUGGAGGGUCAGUUGGCGCAGCUGACGGGUGAGUUCGAAACGGCGACGCAGGAGAAGAUGCAGUGCCAGCGCGAGGCCGACCAGACCAACAAGACCAUCGACCUGGCCAACCGCCUCGUCAACGGCCUUGCCUCCGAAAAGAUCCGAUGGGCGCACGCCAUCGAUUCUGACAUUGUGACAUUGUUGUCGCCUAGUUUGCGUGGUCAGGCGACGACGCUGCCGGGCGACGUGCUGGUCGUGUCGGCGUUUGUGUCGUACGUGGGCGGAUUCAACCGCAAGUUCCGGCAGGACCUGCUGCGCGACGCGUGGCUUCCCUACUUCAAAAAGCUGCAGCCGAGCAUCGCAAUCACCGAGGACCUCGACCCCCUGUCCCUGCUGACGGACGACGCCAAAAUCGCCGCGUGGAACAACGAGGGCCUCCCCAGCGACCGCAUGUCCACCGAGAACGCCACCAUCCUCACCAACUCGCAGCGCUGGCCCCUCAUGAUCGACCCGCAGCUGCAAGGGCUGAAGUGGGUUAAGUCACGGUUCGGCAGUGAGUUGCUGGUGCUGCGUUCGGGUCAGAAGGGCUACCUGGAGUCGCUGGAGGGCGCCAUCACGUCAGGGCGCACCACCCUGAUGGAGAACCUGGGCGAGAGCGUCGACGCCGUCCUCGAACCGCUGCUCAGCAGGAACCUCACCAAGAAGGGCAGGGCGAUCCGGAUCGGUGACAAGGAAGUCGAGUACCACCCCAACUUCCGGCUCAUCCUGCACACGAAACUGGGCAACCCGCACUACAAACCUGAGAUGCAGGCGCAGACCACCCUGAUCGACUUCACAGUCACCAAAGACGGCCUCGAGGAGCAACUGCUGGCAGAGGUCGUCAGGGCCGAACGACCCGAUCUCGAGCACAGCAAGGCGGAGUUAACGAAGCAGCAGAACGAGUUCAAGAUUCGGCUGAAGGAUCUUGAGGACGCAUUGCUGUUGCGCCUCUCGUCGGCAGGUGGCGACCUCCUUUCAGACCAAGCCCUUGUCGAAAACCUCGAGACCACCAAGAAAACGGCUGCCGACAUUUCAAAAAAGGUGGCGGAGGGGAAGGUGACGGCGCGGCGGAUCGACGAGGCGCGCGAGUCGUACCGGUGCGCUGCGCGUCGGGCGGCGCUGCUGUACUUCAUCCUGAACGAGCUGAACCGCAUCAACCCCGUGUACCAGUUCUCGCUCAAGGCGUUCAGCGUCGUUUUCCAGAAGGCCAUCGAGCGCGCGGCGCCCGCCCGCGACCAUGUGGCGCGUAGGGUCGACAACCUCAUCGACUGCAUCACCUUCUCCAUCUUCCUGUACACCAGCCGCGGCCUCUUUGAGUGCGACAAACUCAUCUUCGCCGCGCAGAUGGCCUUCCAGAUUUUGGUGGAAAGCGGGGAGGUGCAGGUGAGCGACCUGGACAUGCUGCUGCGCUUCCCGAGCAACGCGACCCUGACGUCGCCCUUCGACUUCCUCUCCAACUCGAGCUGGGGCGCCAUCAAGAGUUUGUCGCAGAACGACGAGUUCAGGGGGCUGGAUCGCGACAUUGAGUCGUCGGCGACGCGGUGGAAAAAGUUCGUCGAGGGCAAAACGCCCGAGCGAGACAAGUUCCCGCAGGAGUGGAAAACCAAAACCGCAGUCCAACGCCUCUGCAUGAUCAGGGCCCUGCGACCUGACAGACUCACCUACGCCCUCUCGGUGUUUAUUGAGGAAAGUCUCGGAGCAAAGUACGUGAAGAGGCAAAGUGUCAAUUUCGAAGAGUCUUUCGAGGAGACUGGUCCAGCCACCCCAAUCUUCUUCAUCCUGUCUCCAGGUGUCAACCCUUUGAAGGAAGUGGAGGAACUGGGGGUCAAGUUGGGUUUCUCGGCGUCGAAGCGCAACUUUCACAGCGUGUCUUUGGGCCAGGGCCAAGAAGUGGUGGCCGAGCGCGCGCUGGCCGAGGCGGCGGCCAACGGCCACUGGGUCGUCCUCCAGAACAUACACCUGGUGCGCACGUGGCUGGGCGUGCUGGAGAAAAAACUUGAGCAGCUGGCCGAGGAUGCGCACCCCCACUUCCGACUCUUCAUGAGCGCCGAACCCGCGCCCAAACCAGCCAACCACAUUCUUCCGCAGGGCUUGCUGGAGGCGUCGAUCAAGAUUACGAACGAGCCGCCGGCGGGGAUGCAGGCCAACUUGCUCAAGGCCCUCAACACGUUUUCGCAGGACACGCUCGAGAUGUGCUCGAAAGAGGCCGAGUUCAAGCAGAUCCUGUUCGGCCUCUGCUAUUUCCACGCCGUCGUCGCUGAGCGACGCAAAUUCGGCCCUCAGGGCUGGAAUCGCGUCUACCCCUUCAACAUCGGCGACCUGACGAUCAGCAUGAACGUUCUGUACAACUACCUGGAGGCGAACACGCGCGUCCCUUGGGAAGACUUGCGCUAUCUUUUCGGUGAAAUCAUGUACGGCGGCCACAUCACCGACGACUGGGACCGCAGACUCUGCAGGACCUACCUCGAAGAGAUCAUGCAGCCCGACCUGGUGGAGGGGGAACUGGAGCUGGCCGCGGGGUUCACGGCGCCGCCGAACACGGACAUGCAGGGGAUGCAGCAGUGGGUGUUGGAGGCGCUGCCGGCCGAGUCGCCGCAGCUCUACGGGCUGCACACCAACGCCGAGAUCGGCUUCAUGACCGCCACCUCCGAGGCCCUUCUCAAGACCGUCUUCGAGAUGCAGCCCAGAGACGCCGGCAUCCUUGCCGGUGGCGCCACCAUCUCCAGGGAGGACAAGGUGAAGGUUGUGAUCGACGAGUUGCUGGACAAACUGCCCGAGGUGUUCAACAUGACCGAGCUGAAUGGGCGGGUGGAGGAGCGAACACCGUACAUCAUCGUGGCGUGUCAGGAGUGCGAACGCAUCAACCUGCUCACAGAGGAGAUGCGCCGCUCCCUCAAGGAACUCGACCUUGGCCUCAAAGGGGAGCUGACGAUUACGGCGGACAUGGAGGAGUUGGAGCAGGCGCUGUUCCUCAACCAGGUGCCGCAGACGUGGGCCGCCAGGGCGUACCCUUCGUUGCAGGGCCUCGCAGCCUGGUUCGCCGACCUGCUGCUCAGGUUGCGCGAGCUCGAGACUUGGACCACUGACUUUGUCCUCCCAGCGUCCGUGUGGCUCUCCGGGUUCUUCAACCCGCAGUCGUUCCUCACGGCGAUCAUGCAGAGCACCGCGCGCAAAAAUGAGUGGCCCCUGGACAAAAUGUGUCUCCACUUUGAGGUCACCAAGAAGCACCGCGAAGACGUCGCUAGGACUGGACCCCGUGAGGGUGCGUUCGUGCACGGACUGUUCAUGGAGGGGGCGCGUUGGGACUCUGAAGCCUCGUGCAUCGCCGACUCGCGCCUUAAGGAGCUCUUUCCACCCAUGCCAGUCAUCGCAAUUAAGGCAAUCACACAGGACAAGCAGGACCUUCGCGGUGUGUACCAGUGCCCUAUGUAUAAAACCAGGGCAAGGGGACCGACCUACGUGUGGACCUUCAACCUGCGCUCCAGGGAAAGGUCUUCCAAGUGGACCUUGGCCGGCGUCGCACUUCUUCUCCAAGUCUAGAAACUCUGUUGUUUGACAACAUAAAAUUUCAAAAAAAAAUAUUCACCAGUAUUCUGGUGAAUAUUUUUUUUUUUUACUUGACAUAUAAACAAUGAAAAAUUUAGGGUUGAAAUUUUAUGUUCACCCAACGAAGUUAAGAACUGCUACAGCUCUAAUUUAACGUUAUGGGAAAUUUCAUGAGCUGUGAUAGCUCUACAAAUUUGUCCAUAACGUUGCGAUAGAGCAGUCACUGCUCUAACAAUUUCUCAUAACUUUCUCUUGGAGCUGCGGCAGCUCUGAGCUUAGAGCUGUCACUGCUCUAAGCAAGAGCUGUGAGAAGCCUGGAGUUGGUUGGGUAUUUAAUUAUUUUUUUUCAAAUUUUUCUUCUUUCACCUUUUCAAUGAGCAUAUGACAUGUACCAAAUAAUACAAUUCUUUUUUAAAAUUAUAAAAUACUGUUAAGUAUUAAGAAAUAUAACAUUGCAUUAAAUUGGUUGGUUGCAAACUCGAGGUGACUUAAAAAUAAAAAGUCUAUCAGGUAGUGUGCCUUAA